CAAAGCAGAGUUUCUGGAAAAAAAAGUAUUUUUCCGUUUUCCACAUACAGCCACACUAAAAGUUGUUCUCAGCGACUGAACAAAAUAAAUAGUAUUUUUAACACAAUAUGAGUCUUGAACAACAGACGGCGAUUGACCCAAGGAAUCCUCAUGGAUUGGGUGAUCCAAACGACACAUCGUUGCGCAAGGUGGAACGAGAGGUUCUGAUUCCAAAGAUUAUGCGCGACCGGGCUCGAGAUGAGUUCUGCGCCAAGGAAGUGGCCGAUUUCGGAGAGUGCUGCAAGGCCAGCAGCAUCCUGAUGGUGGCCACCUGCCGUAAACAAAACUCCGCCCUCAAGGAAUGCCUUACGCGCUGGUACCAGGACGAAGGCUUCAAGGAGGACUGCAAGAAGAUAUACCUCCAGGAAAGGGCAGACUAUCGCAGCACCGGUAUACCCAAGAAGCAUCGCCUGGAGAAGCUGUAGUCUG